AUGGCAACACGCUUAUGCGCGAAGCGCGCACACCAAAUAGCAGCUUCCGUACUAAGCAACGGCGUAGGACCUUCCCGACUGCCAGGAGCCUCCGUGUGCCGUUGUCAUAUUGUUGCGACUCCCAGCACAUACCGAGCGCCACGAACAUUUAGCACCUCUACGUAUCUGUGCGAGGAAUCUCCGUCAUCAGGACCAGCUGAGACACAGGGUACCGGAUCGGAGAGCACGUCUAAAAAGAGCAGCAUCGGACUCCUCGCCGGUGAAGACGCAAAUGCCGAGCCAACACUCGAAUACCUCGACUCGCUCAAACCGCGAGCAAGACAUCAUCCUAGAGACCAGCAACAUCCCAGGCGAAACAGCGCCAACCCUUUCGCCAAAUCCUCCAGCAGUAAGAAGAACGCAGAGGAUAAGAUAUGGGAGCGCACUCGAGCGCGGCUGAAUGCCUCCUUCACCAGGGACCAGCUUGCAACCCUCGCGAGAGCGGCAAAGCUUCCGGGAAGCUAUGCAAGGGCGGUGAAGAAGGACGAUAUCGUGCGUCGGAUCAUGGUACAUCGGUUUGGCAUGGAGGAUGCACGCGAACGAGUCGAUCGGGAGAAGAGAGAUGAAGUGGAAAAGAGGGCGGUGCACAUCAGUUUUCGGCCUGCCGAGCUGUACUUGCUGCUUGCAAGGGGGUCUGGCAAGGUGAGGCAAGAAGCAGGCAAAUCGCAAGUGGCGAUAUUGUCUCAACCACCUUCAAAGGAGAAGGGACAGCAGGGAACUACGAGCGAUAAGCUCGGAUUUUGGAUCAAAGGCAAGGAUCAAGGCAUCGCACGCAUGACCGAAUGGGUCGAGGAUUUUAAGCAGUCGAUCAAGAUCAAGGAAGAAGAGGUCGUUCUUUCCGCCGAGCCACGCGAGGUCGAGUCCACAGAGGCUGGCCUCAGCGAAGUGCUGCCCGCUGAGCUGGUGCGAUUCAUCUCGCAGCUCUCGCGAUGCUUCAUGGAAGCGAGCCCGAUCCAGCACGGCAAGGUGUCUUUGUCGCUCGCGUACCUCGAUGAGCGAGAUGCGCAAAAGGCAGUGCUGCUACUGCGACACUACCACGCCGAAAGCGUAAGAGCAUUGCACCGCAUUGGAGCAGCAGCGUACCGCGACAAUGUUGGUACCACUCGACAAUGCUCGAUGCUGCCAUUUGUUCCCAACGAGCCGACACCGUGGAUCCAGCAGGCCGACGAUCUCUUGUACGGCGCGCAUUCCGACAUUUCCUUCCGCGUAUCACACGUGCCGGAGCUCAACGCUUUCUCGAUGCUCUCCUCCACAAAGCUUCCUACCAUGAAGCUGCACGGAUGGACUCACCAGGGCGAAGUGCAGUUUGCGGAGCCUUUCCGUGCUUUGGCCGACUCCGCCAUCGCCUCGGCAUCGUCUGUCGUCUCGUCAUCGUCCGCGAGCGACAAAGACAUUGAAUGCACUGCGGAACUGGGUCAUGUCCUGUUCAACCCGGGAGGCCUCACGCUUGCCGACGAAGGUCUGACCGAGCAAGAGAUGCUUUCUCGCUUGCAAGACCCGCUUGCAGCUCCUCUAGCUGGCAUGUGGCCGAUCGGAAACGCCCUGGACUGGGCGCAACGAUUCCGCGCUCGCUUCGGGCGCGAAGCCUCCCGCUUUGUCCCCGCGACGCUCUUUCGAUCGCAGAAGAACAUCUCGCUCGAUAUCUGGCUCGAAAGGCUAGGAUACGCGCUUGCCAGCUCCGGUGCGAACGAGACAGCUACCGAGCAGGUGGUUCUUGUCUACCAGCCGGCUGAGACAGGCUAUCUAGGGCAGGGGACUAAAUUGGAGAUCGUGCUGACACGUCAUCAGAGCGAGGCUGAUGUGGCCGAGGGCGCCAAAGGGGGGUGGACGAUCCAGCAGGCAAGGUGGGCAUCGGAGGCGCAAGGCGACAUGAUGGUUCCAGAAAAGGGCGCAGAUCUGAGACUCAGCGCCAAAACCUUGGUUCCUCUCGAGGAGGAGGCGUUGGCUGCCAUCCAGAGCGAAAUGGCCUCUUACCUCAGCUCGGCACCUGCUGCGGCCUCGGUCCCUUGCUUCACCGCCUCGGCCGCAGAGAAAGGCGAAGAAGCGGUCGAAGACGGAGAGACGGAGGUCAACGACAUUCUCGGCAGCGAGACAGAAGUUGUGGAGCGAUCGCCAACGUCGGUGAAGAAAGCGACAAGCCUUGCCACACAUGCCGGUGCUCUUCCGCCGUCGCUGCUCGAGUUCGAGUUCACUGGAAAGCUGGCGUUGGAGAGUGUGACACGGUCGACGGUAGAGACGUACAUCCAGCGCUCUGCUCUCCCUGAUACCGCUUCUCGACCAUCUGCUGCUGCAGAGCCACAAAGCGCGACCGCCAACUCUGCCGCUGAAGCACCCUCUGCUGUGCCAGCCGACACUGUCGAACAAGCAUCAAUCCCUUCAGAGGCAGAAACCAUUGCAUCGACACCCAUCACCACAACCGAAGCCGAAGCCGAAGCUGCAACAGCUACCUCAGAGGCCACAGCUGCAGAGGGACCAAGCUCGAGCCUAUCGCCGGUGCUCAUCCGCGAAAUCUCGCAAGAUCUGGUCACCAAAAACACGAGCGAGUCGCUGCGCAUCACUUGGCGCCUCUCCUCGCCGCAUCAAGUGCCGCAAUGGUCUUCGGUCGUCGAACCCAUCUCGGCGCUGCUCGAUCGAUAUGAUGUGUCGAUUCACUAG